UCUGCGCUGCGUGGAUGGAGGAAGCUUGCAGCUGCUGAUCUCUGACACACACAGCGACAGGCAUCUAUAUGCACAUAUACUGAUUCAGUGCCAUAUUGCAAAACAGAGGCACGACGUGCAUGAGUAACACAAGGGUUUAAUGGGUCCGGUAAUUGGAAUGUCGCCAGAUAAGAAAGCAGAAACCCCUGGGAUACAAGAGCUUGUGGGAUCGCCGGCUGCCACGUGCGGAAUGGGCACCCUGCCGGAAGCAGAGAGCGCGGCUAGCCCCAAAGCGACCAGUGUGGACAAGGGGCUGGGCGACGACGAGGAGCUCACCAACCUCAACUGGCUGCAUGAGAACCUGUUGCAGAACUUCACGCUGGGCACUGAGACCCAGCCCAGCGUCAGCCCCCUGUACGACAUCGAGGGGGGUGGCGCCGUGCCAGCCUGCUCCUCCUCUUGCUCUGAAGGCCAGGAGAAGGACUCGCUCAAGUCCAAGCCCCCCUACUCCUUCAGCCUCCUGAUCUACAUGGCCAUCGAGCAGUCCCGCAACAAGUGCCUGCCCGUCAAGGAGAUCUACAGCUGGAUCCUCGACCACUUCCCUUAUUUUGCCAACGCCCCCACGGGCUGGAAGAAUUCCGUGAGGCACAACCUGUCCCUGAACAAAUGUUUUCGGAAAGUGGAGCGGAAUCUGGGCAAGGCGAAUGGGAAGGGAUCCCUGUGGUGUGUGGACCCGGAGUACAGACCCAACCUGAUACAAGCACUGAAGAAGCAGCACUUCCCAGCAGCACAUGCAUUCUGCACACCGCCUGCCUCUCCUCUAAGUGGUUCCUCACCCCCUCAACAUUUGAUUCUUCAAGAUCAAGGAUGUUCUCUAAAAGAGUCUGAUAUUGAUGCUGCCACUGCCAUGAUGCUUUUAAAUUCUUCCCCAGAGCAACACGGGAUGCACUGUGGCAAGCCUGGGCAGUCCAGAGUGCUGCCUCGAAAGAGGAGCUACAGCCACCACCACCACCAUCACAGCAGCAGCAGCAGCAGGGUGCCAGGGGUGCAGGAUAACCCUAUCGAUCUCUCCCGGCCAGAAACUGCCGUCGUCAACAAUGACCCCAAGGAGGAUCACAACUACAGCGCCACGUUGCAGCACUGCGUGUCUCGCUCCAGCGUGUCUCGCUCCAGCGUGUCGUCCCUGUCCUCUGUCGAUGAGGCCUUCGAGUACGCCCCCCAAGCACGGCGGGCGGGCAGUGAGGGUUUCCAUAGCGACGAGGACUCGGACCUGGCGGAGGAGCUGGAGCAGGCAAAGGAUCGGCUGGGAGACAGCGGCUACGGGUCCCAGCAGCGUGCAGCCAAGGGCCCGGCCGGCAAGAAGCCGCGCAAGGAAGUGAAGCAGGAGAUCGAUGAGGAGCUGAAGGAGGCAGCUGGGUCCUUACUGCACCUCGCAGGCAUUCGCACGUGCUUAGAUGCCUCGAGACGCACAGCCAAGAGCAAGAGGCAAAGCAAAAAAUAAGGAAGCCAGCGAUUUGUUGUUGUGUUUUUUAUUUUUUUUAAUUUUUAUUUUUUUUAAAGAAAAUGUUUUAAAAAAUUAAAAAAAAAGAAUCCCACAUGGCAAUAUUAUAGUUCACAAAGGAGAUCAAAGCCAUAUUGAGACUUUUUCUAAGGGAAAUGACAUAAAUAACAAGAACUGCCAUGAACACUUUCAUCAUUUUUUCUUUUUUACCUGUAAACAAACCAAGCAAAAAAAAAAAAAGUUUCCUAACUAGUAUAAUUGCAUGCUUCCUUCCCAUCAGUUUCUCAGUAUACAAUUAAACUAUUUAAACAAGGAUGAAUGCAUGGAUAUAAAAAACAAAUCCAAACACCUACCCAUCAUCUUAGUAGUUGUAGUUUGUUUUCUCCUGCCAAGAUGUAAAAAAAAAAAAAAAAGGAAAAAAACAUGUUGCCAUUCUUUUUUUGUCAGAAGACUUUGUUAGAGAAUUAAGAUACAAAGCAAAAUGCAAUAAUUAUUCCAAAACAAACUUUUCAGUUUAUUUUUGUAUUAUUCUUUUUUUGUUUUGUUUUUCUUUGCAAAGAUACUACAGUGUGGGCUGCAGAUACAGUUUGAUGAAGAGACAUGGAUGAAGAAUUCAUAAAAGCAGCGUGAUGCAGCAGAGUGUGUUUCGGACUUUGGCUUCCUUAGAAAACAGAUUGCAGCAGUUCCAUAUCUUGCUUUUGACUGAAAAGGAGAGAAAUUGAAAGUGGCACUAGAAGAUAUAUCAGGGGAUGGGGACAGGGCGACUUCAAAUGUUGGACAGUGCAGCAGAAGUAUGAAUUUCUAACCAUAGCCCAAAUCUGCUCCUUCUAAAUAAGUCCUUUAGAAUUGUGUAGGAAAGGAACACAGAGAAACCUGUCUUUAACUGUCAAAUAUACGACCAGGGAAAACCAAUGCAGACAUGUUUUAUGUUAACAUUUGCAGUGAAAUGGGGCAUCAGUCCCAUGUGGAAAGAGAACAUUGUACUCUAUUACAUUUACAAAAUGGCAUAUGCAUUCCCAAAGGUGUUCCAUAUAUUUUACAAUACAGUUUUCAAUAAACCAUAUAUUUAAAAUACGUGAAACUUCUACAAUAUAAAAUGAAAUGGGAGCUUUUUUUUUUUUUUGAGGAAACGUCUUUACUUUUGAAAGAGUAGACCUGCAAUUCUGAAAUGGUGGUACCCUGUCCAUUGUCAGAUUGGGGACUCUUGCGGUCGUCCCUGUGUUGUCUGCAUGACAGUCAAAGCAAGUGCUCUCUCAAUAUUUCUCCUUUUUUUCUUGUUCCGUUUUGGCUUACUGAAAGAUGUUCUAUUAUUAACACUGGUCUUUAUUCUUCUUAUUAUUUGGAUGAUGUUGUUGUUGGUUUAUUGUUUGAGUGGAAGACGUUUACACCUACUGGGUGAGUUCGGGCACUAGUUUAUUGCUGUUGCCCAGACCCUACCAAGGUGCCCCCCUCUGAGCCUGUUGCAGAAGGCUUCUCGUUUCUUCCACCACUGUCACUGCCCCGGCAAUUGUGCAAUGAGACCCUUUUAUUACAGAGCCUCAUGUAAACGGAUCGUUAAACUAGCUUGUUAUCUUGGCUUUUAUCUGCAUUUCUUUUUUUCCUUGAGCUUGUUCAGAGUCCAAGGCAAUUCUUUACUGUUUGUUCGACUCCUGUGCUAAAUGUUUGAAUGCUGGAAGAUAACAACAGAUUGUAAUGUUGAGUAAAAGCUGCCUAACUACCCAUUUCAGUACUUUUCUAUAGAGAUUACUCCCAGGUACAGCUGAUUCCCCAAGGUCCAACUGGGCUUUUGCGAGUCAUGGUAAUCGGCAUUAAACAUUCAGUGCUGCCUAUUUAAUACAUGUUUUGUCAAUUUAUUAAAUUCUCUGAAUUUGAAAAUAUAUAGUUUGUUUUGCCUUUUACGGUCCGUCUGUACACACUUACAUAUUUACAUGUACAUAAGUUAAUGAAGGUCAGUACUUAUUACUGUGAUUUACAGCCAUUAAAAUAGUCGGUUUAGUAUUUUAAAAUAUUACAAGUCGCAUUCGAAAAAUAAUUUGAAUAGUCAUUUAGUGCCUUGCACUAAGCAAAUAAUGCCACUGCCCAGAAUUGUUCAAUUGUGACGUAUUGUAUAUUGUGUGAUAGCAGCUCUUCCUUCUAAGAAGCAUGACUGUGAAGAGAGAUAACAUUUGAGUUGCUUUACCCUUCCUAAUGUGAUCUAAUGGACAGUAAAGAUGCGGUUUAGACGUGCUGUUCUCUGUAUAUAUUUGAAAUUGGGUUAACUGCCAAGAAAGGGGUUGAAUUUGUGCACUAAAAGCUAGAAAAUUAAGUUAGGUAAUGUUGCCUAAAGCUGCUCUGUUCACUGUGCUUGUCUCUGAAAAAUCAUGGUUUUGUAACAGGACAUUCUUAAAUCAAUGACAUCACCUUGUGCUUUCCAUUUCCUGCUGGAAUCUUGGGAGAAUCUCAAAUAGAGUCAUAGGAGAAGCAGGGAUUGGCUGAAUUCUCAGGAACUCUAUCUCCCACCAGCCCUUGUAAGACAAACUUGCUGUGUCUCCUUUGAGUCACGUGAUCAAGGUGAAAACCAUUUCCACUUCCGAUGCAGUGUUAGAAAAAAAAAUCUAUCUAAUUUACAUGAAGUCUGUUUCAAUACCAAAAGACAAGCAUGGUGAAAAGAACUGCAUUUAUGGUAAGAUUAGACAAAAAUAUAACCAUGGGAGUGGAAAAGUGAGUGACAUUUAAAUCCCAGCGACUCCCUGAAAGCUCUGUUAAAAAAUACCUCUAGAAACCAGGGGAGUGGAGAAAAACAAUACGACUUACCAGGUUUUCUUAGUAGGCCAGGUUGUGGUAAAUUAGCAGAACUGACGGAUUUGGCACUUAAAACUGUAAAACAUUUGCCAUGUUAGUCCCAUGGACUACUAAAAACUAGUUCAAUCUGUGCUAGCCAGUUGCAUUACUUUGAUGUUCUUUGAUGUAGUUUGGGGGUUGGGUUUUUAUUUUUUAUUAUUUUUUUGUCUUGAUUAUGUUUUAGUUAGCUAGUUAAAACCAUUCGCAAUUAUUUUAAAAAAGAAACAACAACAACAACAAAAAAAAUUAAACCCAAAGUGAGCUGACUUGUAAAGUGUAAGUGUCGGAUGUCUUGGAUUUGUUACUGUUCCUAAGGAAUGAUUCGGCAGCCAGCGUGUGACAGUGCCAUUACCAGAUCCCGACACAUUUCUCAAGGGUGUUGUAUUUUUAGAUUUUAUUUUGUAUUUAUUAUAAAGAUCAGUGAAGUCACGAGCUAUCACAAACAAGGGGGUGUAUAGAACGGCAGUAGAUACAGGGGUUCAAGAUACAAUAGUGUAAUUUACAAGUAUUUCUUUUCUUAAGCCAACUUGCCAGAAUGACCAGGUUGUGUAUUGUUAUAUAUUUGCCAUAUAAUAUUAGCAUUACCUGAUUUAAGUGAUAUAGGGUUGGCGAAAUAAAUCUUGCAGAUAAUCAAAGUUUGAUUACAGGCCUUUUUCUUUUUUUUUAAAGCUGCCAACACAAUAUCUGUUUGUGUAACUGUGAGUUAAGCUGUCUGCACUGUCUGUUAGACAGACACACUUUGUGUUUUGUAUGCUAACCUCUGUUAAUAAAAUGUUUUAUAAAGUUUAUUUUCACCAAAGAUAUGCAAUUGCAUUAUAUAUGGUAUUGCUGAAUAAAAUGUUCUUGUUUUAA